GUUUAGUUUCGCACUAAACUUCGGACGGUAUGGAUUUGUAAAAGGAAAACCCGGAGUGCCCAACGGUGUGUGGAUUAUUCAUAGUUUCAUGCCUGCCCCUCUUCUUGUGGCAGCCCAUUUUUUCUGCACACAGCAAUCAAUUUGUGCAAGGUGAAAACUACGACGGAGUUUUUCAGUUUUGGGAUUGUGCAAUUUGGUCGUAAUCCGUGGUUUUGUGAUAGGAAAAGCGGAAGUGAAGUGCGAAAAUUGUGAAACGACAUAGUGGUCCCUCUAUUUUUUUGGAGAAGUGAAUUCGAUCAACUAAUUUUCCUUGAAGACUGUUACGUCGACAUCGUCGUCUGCAGGAAUAUUUUUGCGGUCGAUUCAGUGUGGAUGAUUCAUUCUUUCACUCGGAGUAUCCUGGUUUCCCCGAACAGUGCUAAACUCAAGCUGAGAAAAAAGCUUAAGUUGAAAUAAGUUUAAAUGGUUUGGAACUGUGGCGUAUAAAGUGUGAAAGAUUCAAAACAAUUCCCAUCAGGCGAAUCGAGUAACAUAAAUUGUUAUAAACAAGUUCGAUAAAAGCGUAGACCUACCGGGCCUAGGAGGGGCCUCUCGCCGUCAUGUCGUCCGUAAAGGUGGCGGUCCGAGUGCGACCCUUCAACUCCCGUGAAAUCUCCCGGGAGUCAAAAUGCAUCAUCGAAAUGUCCGGCAACACAACCUGCAUCACAAACCCAAAGGUCCCACCGGGCACGAGUGACUCGAUCAAACGAUUCAAUUACGACUACUCGUACUGGUCACAUGAUCCACGGGAUGCCGAGUUUUCCACUCAAUCGAUGGUGUAUGCCGAUAUCGGUGAAGAGAUGCUCCAGCACUCUUUCGAUGGGUACAAUGUGUGUAUAUUUGCAUAUGGUCAGACGGGUGCUGGAAAGUCCUACACAAUGAUGGGAAAACAAGAAGAAAGUCAAGAGGGUGUCAUCCCAAUGAUUUGCAAGGACCUUUUCCGUCGGAUACAGGAAACCGAAGGCGUUGAUCUCAAAUAUUCCGUCGAAGUGUCCUAUAUGGAGAUCUAUUGCGAAAGGGUGCGGGAUUUGUUGAAUCCGAAAAACAAAGGAAAUCUCAAGGUGCGUGAACAUCCCCUGCUUGGGCCGUAUGUAGAAGAUUUGUCGAAAUUAGCUGUGACGUCCUACCAGGACAUACACGACCUAAUCGACGAGGGCAACAAGGCAAGAACUGUCGCUGCAACCAAUAUGAAUGAAACGAGCUCUCGUUCGCAUGCUGUGUUUACAAUAUUCUUUACCCAAAGGCGUGUCGAUAAGAUGACUAGUCUGGAAACGGAAAAAGUCUCCAAAAUCAGCUUGGUCGAUUUGGCCGGCUCCGAGCGGGCGGACUCGACCGGUGCCAAGGGCACACGCCUCAAAGAAGGCGCUAACAUCAAUAAGAGCUUGACCACUCUGGGCAAGGUCAUUUCCGCUCUUGCUGAAGUGUCGGCAUCCAAAAGCAAGAAGUCCAAAAAGGCCGACUUCAUACCAUACCGUGACUCCGUCUUGACAUGGCUGCUGAGGGAAAACCUUGGUGGCAACUCGAAAACGGCCAUGAUUGCCGCGAUAUCGCCGGCUGAUAUUAACUAUGACGAAACGCUGAGCACGCUUAGAUAUGCCGACCGUGCCAAACAGAUUGUAUGCAAGGCCGUCGUCAACGAGGACGCCAACGCGAAGCUUAUCCGCGAACUCAAAGAGGAGAUUCAGAAGCUUCGCGAGCUGCUCAAGGCCGAGGGCAUCGAAGUGCAGGAAGGACCGGACGUUAAAGUGGUUUGUGAAAAGCGAGAUGCUAAUAAAGACGAAUGCGUCAAGGCGGAGAAAGGCGAAAACGACAUCAGCAAUGAGUCGGCGGACGCCAACGCCGAUGGUGAUCCGGCCGAGAUGGAGAAGAAGAUAUGCUCUCCUAAUCGAUUGCGUAAACGAACCGGCUCCAGCACCGAGAUGGCUGUUGAUCAGCUACAGGCCAGCGAAAAGCUGAUUGCAGAGCUGAACGAAACGUGGGAGGAGAAGCUGAAGCGCACCGAACAGAUCCGUCUGCAGCGGGAGGCCGUGUUUGCCGAGAUGGGAGUUGCCGUCAAGGAGGACGGCAUCACUGUGGGUGUAUUCUCGCCCAAGAAAUCACCCCACUUGGUGAAUUUGAAUGAGGAUCCAACGCUGUCGGAGUGCUUAUUGUACUACAUCAAAGAUGGUUUAACGCGUCUUGGUACAUCGGAAGCCAACGUCCCGCAGGACAUACAGUUGUCUGGCUCACACAUCUUGAAGGAGCAUUGUGUGUUUGAAAACAAGGAUGGUGUCGUGACGCUGGUGCCACAUAAGGACGCUUUGGUUUAUUUGAACGGUAGAAAGCUCGUCGAACCGGAAGUUUUGCAAACUGGAUCUCGUGUCAUUUUGGGUAAGAAUCAUGUUUUCCGAUUCACUCAUCCGGAACAGGCCCGAGAGAAACGUGAGAAACCAAAGGAUAAAGAUGUUGGCGAAAAUCCGGGAGGAAAUGCCGAAGCUGCUGAUUGGAACUUCGCCCAGUGUGAAUUGUUGGAGAAACAAGGCAUUGAUUUGAAGGCAGAAAUGCAGAAACGUUUGUGUGCUUUGGAAGAACAAUUCAAACGUGAAAAACUAGCUGCUGAUCAAGAAUUUGAAGAGCAACGCAAGACAUAUGAAGCUCGAAUUGAUGCACUUCAAAAGCAAGUUGAAGAGCAGUCUAUGACUAUGUCUAUGUAUAGCAGCUAUAGCCCAGAGGACUUCCAUCAAGAAGAGGACAUUUUCGUAAAUCCCCUAUUCGAAUCUUGCUGGACUGCUCGAGAAGCUGGUUUAGCGGCUUGGGCUUUCCGCAAAUGGCGUUACCAUCAGUUCACUUCUCUGCGGGAUGACCUAUGGGGAAAUGCCAUAUUCCUAAAAGAAGCAAACGCUAUCUCCGUGGAACUUAAGAAAAAGGUUCAAUUCCAAUUCACACUGCUAACUGACACAUUGUACUCACCACUUCCACCGGAACUUGCACCUUCGCCAAUCAUCGGAGGAGCAUUGACCAACGGUCAAGAAGAUGAAUUCGGCCAAUCGCCUAUUCCACGCACUAUUGUGGCCGUUGAAGUCACAGACACUAAGAACGGGGCAACGCACCAUUGGAGCUUGGACAAGUUACGGCAACGUUUGGAGCUGAUGCGUGAAAUGUAUCACAACGAGGCGGAACUCAGCCCAACAUCGCCGGACUACAAUGUGGAAAGCCUCACCGGUGGAGAUCCGUUCUAUGAUCGUUUCCCGUGGUUCCGUAUGGUUGGAAGAUCGUUCGUAUAUUUGAGCAACUUGCUGUAUCCGGUACCUUUGGUACACAAGGUAGCGAUCGUCAAUGAACGUGGCGAUGUACGGGGAUAUCUAAGGGUGGCCGUUCAACCGGUUAUGGAUGAAGAGAACGCUGACUUCAACAAUGGUGUCAAACAGUCGGCUCGUAUCGUGUUCGAUGAGGAGCAGAAUGGUGGCCAUAAGGUUCCGAAGAUCCGUACCAUUCACGACAAAGAUGAAAAGUACAUUGAGGGAUCGAACGACAUCAUGAAACUGGAGGAAUUGGAACAGGAGGAUGCCGACUCGGGUCGGGGUGAUUCGAGUGUUGCUUCCGAGCUGCAUGAAUCGAAUGAACACGAACCGGGCGAGCAUCUGCAGCCGGGUAAGGAAUUCACAUUCCGGGUUACGGUUUUGCAAGCUACUGGAAUUGCGGCGGAAUAUGCGGAUAUUUUCUGUCAGUUCAACUUUUUGCAUCGUCACGAGGAAGCAUUUUCAACGGAACCGGUCAAGAAUUCAGGCUCAGGAGCACCCCUCGGUUUUUAUCAUGUACAGAAUAUAACUGUUCCCGUUACAAAGUCGUUUAUCGAGUAUUUGAAAACACAGCCAAUCGUAUUCAAGGUAUUUGGUCACUAUCAGAACCACCCGUUGCACAAAGAUGCCAAGCAAGAUUGCCAGAUCACGCGUCCACCUCCGCGUCGUAUGCUGCCUCCUAGCAUUCCAAUCUCCCAACCGGUGCGAUCUCCCAAAUUUGGCCCAUUGCCGUGUCCUCCUUCGUCUACAGUAUUAGCCAAGCAUGAUGUGCUGGUUUGGUUUGAAAUUUGCGAACUCGCUCCAAAUGGUGAAUACGUACCAGCAGUUGUUGAUCAUAGCGACGAUCUACCGUGUCGGGGUCUGUACCUUCUACAUCAAGGUAUCCAGCGCCGAAUAAGGAUAACCAUAGUGCACGAACCAACGGCUGAAGUCAAAUGGAAGGACAUUCGUGAGCUGGUCGUGGGCCGCAUUCGCAAUCAACCGGAACCGGCAGAUGAGUUGGACGAUUCUGAUUCUUGCGUUUUGUCGUUGGGACUGUUCCCCGGAGAAGUGCUUGAAGUUCCUGGGGAUGAUCGAUCAUUCUUCCGUUUCGAAGCUGCCUGGGAUUCUAGUUUACAUAAUUCGGCGUUGCUCAAUCGUGUCACACAAACCGGCGAACAGAUCUUUAUCACGCUAAGUGCAUAUCUAGAGCUUGAGAACUGCGCCCGUCCGGCUAUAAUCACCAAGGACCUAAGCAUGAUUAUCUACGGCCGGGAUGCACGCACCGGUCCACGUUCGCUCAAGCACCUCUUCUCGGGCCAGUAUCGCAACCCGGAGGCGAACCGACUGUCCGGCGUGUACGAGCUGUCGCUGCGGAGAGCUUCCGAAGCAGGUAGUCCAGGAGUCCAAAGACGUCAACGGCGCGUUCUGGACACGAGCUCCACAUACGUUCGCGGCGAGGAGAACUUGCACGGUUGGCGUCCACGUGGCGAUUCACUCAUCUUCGAUCAUCAAUGGGAGCUGGAAAAACUGACUCGUCUCGAAGAGGUUGGCCGAGUUCGACACCUGCUAAUGCUCCGCGAACGUCUCGGAAUGGAUACCACGCCGAAUCCGACCACCAAAACCGAGAAGGACGUUUGCAAUUUGGCACAGCGAGCGAGUGCAUCGCCGGUACACAUGGUCAUUCCGCCUUCUCCGCAGACACCAGUCAAAGAUCAGCAAACACCGACCCUGCCUGAACGAGAACUGACCCCGCGUGAAACGGAGCUGGUUUGGAAGUGCGUGAAGCUCAUCCAGGGUCGCAUUGGAGGUAAGGGUGAUCCGAGUGAUACCAGCAAUCAGCUUGCGGUAGAUGCUUCUCCAGGAGACGAAGGUUGUGCUGAUAUGAACGCCAGCUACAUAUCGGGUAAUUCCAUCGAGUUGUGCUCACCGGACCGGGUGGACAUCCCCAACGGAUGGGAAGCUCCUGCACCGGUGCCGCAGUCGCAAGAAGUAUCCCUUAGAUUGUAUGUGCCGGAAUUGGAGGAGAUCCGAGUGAGUCCUGUGGUGGCUCGAAAGGGAUAUCUUAACGUACUGGAACAUGGCGGCUCCGGUUGGAAGAAACGAUGGGUCACCGUGCGCCGUCCGUACGUAUUUAUCUUCCGUUCGGAUAAGGAUCCUGUGGAGCGGGCGGUUUUGAAUCUGGCGACCGCGCAAGUUGAAUGCAGCGAAGACCAAGCGGCGAUGGUGAAGGUGCCCAACACAUUUAGCGUCGUCACAAAGCACCGAGGAUACUUGCUGCAAACGCUUGGCGAUAAGGAGGUUCAUGAUUGGUUGUACGCUAUCAAUCCACUGCUCGCAGGUCAAAUUAGAUCCCGCCUGGCGCGACGUAACGUCAACAGUAGUAGUGGCAGCAGUACAGUCGACUCGUCCGCUAUGUCGCAACAACUUCAGGCCAACAGCGGCGGUUCGGGUAAAUGAGAUACAAUAACGAUGGAGUCCGUGUUGGUCUACUGAGUCACGAAUCGCACAGAAAAAGAUCACAUCUCUGCCUCGAUGGUGCCCGGUUAAUAGUGACUUCCAGGCACCAUCGAGAACAGAGGCGGCGAGGGCGACGUUUGCUGGGAUACGAUCCGAACGAGAAAGAUUGCGUCGCUCGCCAGUGGACCAGCACCACCAGUAACACCGGUGGACAAACGGGCAGCUUGAAGGUGCUUCUUUACGGUUACGUUCACGAGCUGGGUUGGUUCUGCACCAGACUCAAUGAGUUCUUGUUUAUGUUUGUUUUCCAAUUGCUAUACGAACGUUGAAGCUGCUUCAAGGAAGCGGUCCAGAUUCAUAAGUAUUACUAGAGUACUUACAACAAGUGCUAUCUUACGUAUUAGAAACAAGAGCAAAAGACAGAGAGACACACGGAACUUCAUCGGAAAGUUAAGUAAGCUAAAUAUGAGGCAAAGAAAACUAGUGAAAGUCAGACUUUACUAUGUUACUAUAAUUGUAGAUUGAAAAGGCUUAGCAUUACUUUUGAAAAUGUUCGUGCACAGCGAACAUUGACUGCUAAUAUUAAAGUAUUUUUUGACCUUUAGAGAAAAUAUAUAUAUAUUUUUAUACACUUUUUAUUUAAAACAAAUUUUGUAGAUAGUUAUUCGGAUUUUUUGUUUCUGAAACAAAGGAAGUGGGAACAUCAAUUUUGAAUCGGUCUUUGUAAAGCGUCGGUAUAAGCGCUGGCCAAAUUUAAGCAACUCGAUAAAACAUCUUUUCGAUUAAGAUAUUCCACGACUAAAGCAAAUCCAAUCGAAUUUCCGUAAAUAAAAAAAAACCUAAACCAAUUUCAAUACAAUUUAUAAUGGUAACAUGCUGAAAGUUCAAAACGGGUGAAAUUCGUCAAUAGUUAUACACAACCACAGGUUCCCAGGUGCUCAAGACCCUCCAAAGUGAUCAAUGGUAAAAGAAAGCAUUCACAAAACACUCAUGAAUGGCGCGAAAAAUGCAAUCGACUGGCAUCUAGGCGAUUAUUUAAAUAAGUUUGUUUUACUUGCGUUCUGCUUCUGUUGAUUUUCUGUUGAUUUAUGUCUAUCGGAAUAGCUAUUUUUACUUGCGUACAGAAAAUUAAUGGAGGAAAUAAUACAAUAAAAUUGAUAUUAAUUAUAGAAGUUUAAUAAUUAGUCAAGUAAAUAAAUCAAAACAUAAUAAAAGGCAGAAAAAUAUUGAACGUAUAAACCAAGUGAAGAAAACUACAAAUAGACAUAUGUGUAUAUCUUUUCUCUAAAGCAGAUCAAGCAAGAAAACCUAAACCAAAAUGCUAAUUACCAAGAAUUUUAAGGACUAAAUCAAUACUCAACUGAGGCAUAGUUUGAGAGGGAAAACUCAUUCACACACACAUAAUUCAGCAACAAACACCCACACAGAUGUACAGCCAAGAAGAAAAACUUACAAACAGGCAAACUCCCAGUAUUUAAACGCUAUUUCACUCCCCGAUAUUUAAUGGACUCUAGGGCAAAUAUUUUGUAAAAUGGAAAGAACGAUAUGAAAUGGAUUCAAACCGAUUGAGGAGAGCAAGCUAGCUGUGUCGAUUCGAAUAAAUUAUUGUGUAUAGAAGACAACUGCUUAUAAAUGGUUCGUUCGUAAGUUUUAGUUUAUCAUCUUAUGUAUUCAAAUCGGGAGAGAGGUGGGAAAUAAUGGACAGCUUCGUUAGGACGACAAACUGUUGCCUCGUGUUAGAUAUUGUAUAGGAUUUUAGGAGUUUUCCUUUGAAGAAGCGUGCGCCGUUGGCCACGCAGCAAAAGCAGCACGGUGCAAAUUGUUGCAAAUAUGUUUCUUAGAGCCGAUAUAUAAAAAAGCUUCUUUCAAGUUCAAACAAACCGUCACAACGCGUACUAGUGGUACAAUAAGUAUUUUACCACCUACCUAUCUAGUAGUAGACACAAAGAA